GGAGAUUAUUUAAAUGAUAUAAGAAGGUUAUAUUCGUAUUAUAUCCCAUUUAAUCUUUAUGUACACUACAUGUAUAUCUGUGGUUUUUAUAGUUCCGGUAGCGGAGGUUACAGCAGUAAAGCGGAUAUAAUCCGCCUAAUAACAACCGACGUUCAAAUAUUUUCCGUUGAAGUGGGGAGAAGCAUGAAGAGUGCAUCAGACUGGGUUCUCGAGGAGUUCCUGCCGGAGCUUCUUAGGCCGGUGGGGCUGCUGCCAUCGCAUUAUGCUAUGGAGGGCGGCAGCGGCGGUCGGCGGAGCCCGUCGGAUGCGCCCGCUGGUCGACGUCGAAGAUCAUGCAUGGUGUAGGCGACAGUGAGGCGAUGAUGGAAACAUCGCUGACGUCUUUGGUUGCUUCAGCGAUCGAGAUGCCCCGAGUAGUCACUCUCCUGGUGGUCCAUUAACAGGAAACCAAAUAUGGUCUCAGAACCAUGCUACAUUGCGUUCCAUUGGGAGUCGCAACUUCCUCUCUUUUGCCUAUAAGUACAGAAAACCAAGCCCUAGGAGGAUCAAGUGGAUCAGACCGGUCAAAGGAAAACUCUUUGGAGACAAAUACAGGAGCUUAUGAGCAUGGUAUAAACACUACUGAUUUAAAGCGCAUGAAAAGGAUGGUGUCUAACCGUGAAUCGGCCAGACAAUCAAAGAGAAAGCAGGCUCAUUUGGCUGAUCUAGAACUUCAAGUUUAUCCACUAAGGCGAGAAAAUGUCUCUCUAUGCAAACAACUGACAGAUGUAAACCAACAUGUCACUGAAUCAGCAGACAACCGGAUUCUCAAGUCUAGUGUAGAAGCCAUAAGAGUAAAGGUGAAUAUGGCCGAAGAAUUGGUCACCAGAGGCUCCUUAACAUGCAGCCUCGAUCAUCUUCUUCAAACCACCAUUAAUUCGUCCCACUUAUCUAACACUCGUCAAUUCUCGCCUGUUAUCGAAUUCCCGGAAAACGACGGUUUCUUCGUGGACUCAUCGCUGGCUGCUCAAGCUCAGAACAUCGAUGUACACUAAGCCAGGGCGAAGAAUGGAAGUCUAAGAAGCCCAGAGUCCACCAUUGCCAAGCCUCACAACCAUAAAUAAUCUACAGAGCAGAGUUAAUGGUGAUAUUUCAAGCUGUGGAUCUGAUAUCUGGUCUUGA